UCUUCUCCUUAGUAAGAGUCCCUUCCCAGCUCUUUACUGCACCCCACCACUGUCUCCAUCGUCCUGUAUCUUCUUCCCCUGCGGUGUUUGUCACUGGGAACUCAGAGAAACAGAGUAGGGGAGAAAGUGAAAAAUCAUAGGGAAGCAAAGGACACCUCUUUGCAUUUGCAGUGAUUUUACUCUUGCAGCUGUUUUAGAGUGAGAGAAAGUUGAAAGAGUGAGAAAAAAAAAGGGUGUUUGUUUGUUGGGUGUGUUUAUAACCAAGAAAUGCAGCAGCACCUGAUGCAUAUGCAGCCCAUGAUGGCAGCCUAUUACCCCAACAACGUCACUACUGAUCACAUUCAACAGUAUCUGGAUGAGAACAAGUCAUUGAUCCUGAAGAUUGUCGAAAGCCAAAAUUCGGGGAAGCUGAGCGAAUGUGCAGAGAACCAAGCAAGGCUGCAGCGGAACCUCAUGUACCUUGCUGCAAUUGCAGAUUCUCAACCCCAGCCACCCACCAUACAUGCUCAGUUCUCUUCUGGUGGCAUUAUGCAGCCGGGAUCGCCCUACAUGCAGCACCAGCAAGCACAACAGAUGACACAACAAUCACUUAUAGCUGCACGGUCCUCCAUGUUGUAUGCUCAGCAACCUUUUUCAGCAUUGCAACAACAGCAAGCUUUGCACAACCAGCUUGGCAUGAGCUCUGGUGGAAGCACAGGACUUCAUUUGCUGCAGAGUGAGGCCAGUACUGCAGGAGGCAGCGGAGCACUUGGGGCAGGAGGGUUUCCCGAUUUUGGACGUGGUUCUUCUGGAGAAGGCAUGCAUGCUGGUGGGAGCAAGCAAGAUAUCAGGACUGCUGGGUCAACAGAAGGUCGUGGGGGAAGUUCUGGAGGUCAGGGCAGUGAUGGGGGCGAGACACUUUACUUGAAAGCUGCUGAUGAUGGCAAUUGAGUGAUAAGAAUACGUCUGAAUCCAGGAGAGCUUAGGGUUUAGUUAAGAUGAAUUUAGGAAGGAAAAGGCAAGAUGGCAGAUGAACCUAUUGCUUGAAGAACUUGGUUAUCUUAGCAAAAACAAUAUUAGAAUUCAGCCUUAAGACCUAUGGCCUUGUGCUUCUUUUGUUGUGUGACCAAUAGCUCAUCUAUGGUUAUAUUAUUAUGUAUAUUUGUAGUUAUCUUGGUUGCUUUUUCCAGCAUUUUUCUCAGGCGU